GUAAGUGGCUAUGCAAGUGUGUGUUCGUAGCACACUGCAUCACUUUCCAUUCCCAAUAUCCGCACACAAAACAGCCCCAUGUUACAACUAAAAUUCGAAAGACCAUUCUACCAAAACACCUCCAAAAGCCAAAAUUGAUCCAAUUCUUGAACACCCAAUGGCCCAAAACCAAAGACCCACAAACAUUCUCGACUCUUUAGGGGAGGAGAUUGUCAGAAUCGUUACUCCAGUCUCAAUAUGCAUGUUCAUGGUGGUCAUUUUGGUCUCCGUUCUCAGCUCCGAUAGUUCUUCCUCUGCAAGAUUCAGCACAAUGGCCACCAUGGCAUACACAGAAGCGAGCUCAGAUUCCUCCUGGGACAAAUUUGUAGGUGCCCUUUUGAACUCUCUUGUGUUUGUGGCAGUUGUCACUGUGGUCACCUUCGUGUUGGUCCUCCUUUUCUAUCUUAGAUAUACUAAAUUCUUGAAAUUCUACAUGGGUUUUUCUUCUUUUCUUGUCUUGAUGUUUAUGGGUGGUCAAAUAGCGGUGUUUCUGCUCCAAGAUUUUAGCAUCCCUAUUGAUUGUGUCACAUUUCUAGUAGCUUUGUUUAAUUUUGCUGUGGUGGGUGUUUUAGCUGUUUUCAUGUCAAAAAUGGCAAUUUUUGUGACACAAGGAUAUUUAGUGGUCAUUGGAAUGUUGGUUGCUUAUUGGUUUACUCUUUUGCCUGAAUGGACUACUUGGGCGCUCUUAGUUGCUAUGUCACUUUACGAUCUUGCUGCGGUUUUGCUGCCUGUUGGGCCAUUAAGAAUCUUAGUUGAGCUUGCAAUAUCUAGAGAUGAAGAUAUCCCUGCUUUAGUGUAUGAGGCCCGGCCGGUGACUCAUGAUGAUUCUGGUUUAAAUGGUCGUGUGGUUCAAAGGAGGGUAUGGAGAGAUAGAAGGGAUGACAUUUCAAAUAGUGGGGCUGAUUCCAAUAUAAGUACAAAUUCUGUUUCGGUUGGAAGUGAGACUGAGAAUCAUGGGAUAAGUUCCAGUUUGAAUGUGGAUGAGAAUCAUGAGACUCCAGAUUCGAAUUCAAAUCUAAGUGAACAUAAUGUUACAAGCUUGGUGCGAGCUGAAGAGGGGCAGGUGGUGGAGAGAAAUUCAGAGCUUGUUGUUCCGUUACUUGAACAAAGAAUAAGCGUCCCACGUAUUGCACAGGAAGAACAUGUUGUCACAGUUGAGAAUUUGGUGUUGGAGGGCAUUGGGUUGGCUUCAUCUGGUGCAAUCAAGCUAGGCUUAGGAGAUUUCAUCUUCUACAGUGUGUUGGUAGGGAGGGCAGCAAUGUAUGAUUUUAUGACAGUUUAUGCGUGUUAUCUUGCAAUUGUGGCUGGUCUGGGUAUCACUCUGGUGCUAUUGGCUGUAUACCAGAAAGCUUUGCCAGCUCUUCCAGUGUCUGUACUCCUCGGUGUAUUAUUUUACUUCUUGACCCGGUUUCUGCUUGAAGCUUUUGUUGUAGGAUGUUCUUUGAACCUCUUGAUGUUCUAGAAAUAUGAACAGUGUCAUUGAAGUUUGAUGCUCAAGGCACAAAUUAUCAUAUAGUGAAAUUGAUUAAGUCUUGCAACCUAUACACUUUGUAUCAGUUGCUUUCAUAUUAUAUGUCCAUUUUAUUUGGUCUACUUGGUUUAAUAACGUUGUCAAAUUUAUUAAAGUAAAUAACUUUGAGACUCUAUUUCAACAA